GUGACUGACUCAGGCCUAACCUUUGCCUGCUGCCAUGGAAACGGUGGGCUUGAGCAAUGGUUACAAAAUGAGAAGUUUGUAGCUGAUAGAUAUGUCAUUUUGUACGUGCAAUAAGCCCCCACCAUAAGAUUUAUUCAUAAAAAAGAAAAGAAAAGAUGACUUGUUUAUGUCACUAACAAUAAAAAUGAUAGGUUUGCGAAAGCUAGACCCCACAAUUUGUAGCUAGCACCGGAAAACAAUGACAUUGCACCCACCAAUCUCUUCUUACACAAACCAGUAUAUACAUUUUCUGAGUGUACUUCAAGUCUCUAUAGUCUCUUUUGUGCAAUAUUACCUUCUAAGUCCUUUCUUUCUUUGUUUUCUUUGCUUUCUCUUUAAAGAAAAUAAUGAAGAAGAUCAAUCUGAUACUAAGGAAGUGCAAGAGUUUGUCAAGGCAACUAGGAAGAUCUUCAUCCUACAGUAGCCUAAGGUCUAAAUCUACUAGAGAAGAAUUAUGGGGUGACCACAAGGAAGAAGAUGAAGAACAUCAAAGUACUCUCUUUGUUGGAAGUACAAGAAAACGUUAUGUGAUUAGCUCUAAGUACCUGAGUCAUCCUCUAGUGAAUGCUCUAAUCCAAAAGUCGAAGCAGAAGCAAGGAGAAGAGAUCUUGGUGGUGAAAUGUGAGGUAGUUCUCUUUGAUCAUCUUUUGUGGAUGCUUGAAAAUGCUGAUCCAAAUCUUAGCUUCGAUUCUUUGGAAGAACUUGCUGAGCUUUAUGUGUUCUAAAUGAAACUUUCUUAUGGGUUUAUACUCGUCAUCAUCAUCAAGGCAAAGGAACUUGGUCACCCUUUUUAUUUUUUCUUUUUAAUGCAAGGUAGUGACGAAGAAAGCAUCUUGAAAAUUCUAGGAUGUUUUAUUAUUAUUAUUGUUGUUGUUUCUCAUGAUGCAUGCACUAAUAUGAUUAAUUCUUAUGUCUAUUGAUUUCUGUUCUAACUCCAUUGAGUUUGUUGGGAUCAAGUUGGAUUGUAUUAAUUGUAAAGACCAUGGAAUUGGGUAAUUUGUAUACGCACGUUCUCAUGGAGUUUCUUGAGGUGUUCCAUGGCUAUUCUUGAUCCUUACAUAUCAAUAAAAAUUUCCCUCAAAUGUCUAUAUUA